UUUUUUAAGGGGUUCAGCUGGAUUUCUUCCUGACUAGCAGUAGGCUAAUUAACUUAUAAACGACGCAGGGAAUCAUUCCGUUUGUCCAAAAUUACGUCCGUGGCCCAAUCAGAAUGUAUCUCCGUGAGUGAGCAAAGCAUCACAUGUUGGAAGAAGUGUAACGUUCGAGCGGGAGAUCUCAACUAGAGAACCGUGAAAACUUCGUACUUUCGGAACAUUUCUGGAUAUCAUUAAGUUUUCCAUUGAAGUCUGUCGGAGUUAGCUGAUGGUGAACGUAUUGUAUACACAUUCUUUUGUCUGCUAAAUCAACCUACCGAGUGUGGAGUGAAGAUUUUGACACCAAACCGCAUUAGCGAACCUAAAAAGGACCUAGCAAAGGCAUUGAAUGUAAUGUCACAUGUGGAUAUCUGGAAUUGAUGGAUGAACCCAACUUGGGAAGACACCACCAUGUGUUCCAUUGCGGGACUCCCAUCGGCAGGUUCAAAUGUUACUGUACUGAUAACCCGAGUGAACUCAAAUCCACUCUGUGUUAUGGUGGAAUUUUGGGGAAAUUUUUGCAAAGAGAGUAAGCAUGUUUAUGAGCAGAUGCGAAAAGAGAUUCAGUGUUAUGGAGAGAGAUUUCGAGAGGCAGACGGGAGCCCAGGAGACCAAUGCUUGGUCCAGAUAUGUGAAACAUGGUAUAGAGCACGUGUAGUUUCACGUAUGUCAUCCAAUUACAAUGUGUUUCUUUUUGAUGAGGGGAAGACGCUGAAUGUCAAGACUAACAUGUUGGCCUGGGGCAAAAGAGAGCAUUUCCUUCUACCUCCGGAGGUGGAGUUGUGUGUUCUUGCCAAUGUUUUACCAUUGUCUCCUGAUAAUAAAUGGUCUCCUAUGGCCUUGGAGUUCCUGAGAUCUCUAAGUGGUAAGAUGGUGAAUGCAUGUGUUCAGGAAGUCUUUGUGCCUCAUCGGACUCUUCUCCUUGACAUCCCAAGUCUUUCACAGCAGAUUUUGGAAAUGGGUUUUGCCAAGAAGCUUCUGCCAGAGAGGUUUAGAGAGUUUGUAUCUAAUCAUUUGCAGCCCUUGAGCAGAGGCUCACCCACAAAGCUUCCUGCCAAUCAGUCCACCAGUGACAAAUCUACAGAGGUCAGGCACCCAGAGACGCAACUGAGCUAUAUGUACCCGGAGCUGCAACCUGAAAUGGUAGAGACGGUGGUUGUGACGGAGGUCACAAACCCCUCACGCAUAUUUUGCCAGCUGAAAGUUUUCGCUCAGGAGCUGAUGAAAUUAACAGAGCAGAUCACCAAGCAUUAUGAGGGUAGAGUGGGAAUGUGUCCACCGCCUGAAACAUUGGGGUCUCCAUGUGCAGCUAGAGGACCAGAUGGCAAGUGGUAUCGAGCAGUCUUGCAGCUGGUCAUGCCAUCUAGUAACAUAGCAGAGGUAUUGCAAGUUGAUUAUGGCAAGAAACACUUUACUCAAAUUGACAGCAUAAGGCACCUGGCAGCAGAAUUCUUCCGAAUGCCUGUUGUGACCUAUGUGUGCUCCCUGCAUGGUGUUAAUGACAAAGGUGUUGGAUGGACUGCUUCUCAGAUUGACUAUUUGAGGUCUCUGCUGUUAAACAAGACCUUGAUUGCUAAAUUUGAGUACCAAAGCCUGUCAGAGGGGGUUCAUUAUGUCACUCUUAUUGGGGCUGGAAGCAGGAACCUCAAUAAAGAAUUUGGCACAUCUGCGGAGUGUCUCUUGGAAUCAGAGAAAAUCCUUCAAGAUUACAGCAUUAACAAGAGCACAUCUCACAGAUUGCAUCCACCUAACCAUGGCGAGGAAAUGGAAAGCAAGUUAAAUAUGCCCAAAGAAAACCUUCCAAUGAACACAACACAGAAGGUUGUUGUACAGUAUGUUGAAAGUCCAUCAGAGUUUUGGGUUCAAACUCAGAAGUAUGCAGAUGAAUUUGACCAGAUGAUGGAUGAACUGACCGAUUUGUACUAUGAUCCAGCAUCUGCAGAUGGAUUUGUAAGAAACCCAACAAUUGGUCUCUACUGUGCUGCAUUGUCUAAAGAUGGUUCUUACUACAGAGCUAAUGUUCGGGAAGUGAACGGCAAACAGUUGUUGGUUUAUUUUGUUGACUAUGGAAAUACAGAGAUGGUGGACAGUCAAAGUGUCCGUCAUUUACCUUCCAAAUACCAAAUGUUGCCACCUCUUGCGCUGAAAUGUGCUUUAGCUGGGAUCAAACCUGUGUGUGAUGGAUGGAGCGUAAAGGCACUGAAUUUCUUCUCGGACUCAGUCAUGGACAAAGUUCUUGACCUUCAUGUUGCUGGCAAGAUAGAGGACAAACAUGUUGUUCAAUUGUCUGAUCCAGCAUUAGAUGGUGAGAAGGACCUGUGCCACCUGAUGUGCAGUGCUGGAUUGGCCAGGAGGGAAGAGGCAAUUACCAAGCCUGUUAUCAAAUAUGCCCACAAACUGCAGACCUUGUCUCAAGUUCCACAGGUGAGAGUCAUUGAUUCCUGCAAAACCAAGAGUGAAGCAUUGUCAGAAAGUGGGGCAGCAAUGCCUAAGGCUACCAGAUCUGCUUUCAAAGAGUACUUGUUUCAAAUUGGAAGCUCAGUAGAGGUUUUUGUGUCUCAUAUUGACAGCCCAAAUGACUUUUGGUGCCAGAUUGCCAGAAAUAUAGGGCACCUGAAGUUGCUUAUGCAAGAUAUUCAGACUCACUAUGCAGACAGUGAAUACCAGGAACUUGCUGAAGCAGCAUGUGUAGCCCGUCAUCCUGAAAAUGGAAUGUGGUACAGAGCUUUGGUCAUUCACAAACACCAGACACCUCAUGUUGAUGUACUUUUCAUUGAUUAUGGACAAACCAGGAAAGUUGCUGUGCAGGAACUCCGUCCCAUCAACCCGCCCUUUUUGAAACUGAAUGGUCAAGCAUUUCGAUGCAGCUUGUACAACCUCAUUCAUCCACUAUCGCAUACUUCUCAUGAAUGGGAUUCUAAUGCUACACAUCUGUUCAAAGAGUUUGUAAAUGAAGCAUCAUCCAUGCACAUUACUCUGAAAUGCACCAUAUAUGCUGUAAUGUAUGACCUGCAGAAAGUGGUUUUCAAUGUGGUGGACUUAGAAACGCCAUUCCAGAGUGUGUGCAGUCUGCUAGUGAAGAAAGGGCUGGCUUUAAGUGCUCCUCCGAAGAAGGCUCCUGUCCCACCAUUUCGUUUGGACACCUAUUACUACUCAAACCACAAUCUCAAAAUGGGGUCUGAAGAACAAAUAAUAGUGACCACAGUGAAGAGUGUGACUCAGUUCUACUGCCAGCUCAGUAGGAACACUGAAGUGAUUCAAGAGCUAGCAAACAAAGUCAACUUCCUUUGCCACCAGCUUGAGUCUGUGCAAUGUCCAAAGACAUUUGGAACUGUCUGCUUUGCGAAAUACACAGAUGGCGAAUGGUACAGAGGGCAAAUAAAAUCUAUCAACCCAUCCAUUGUGGUUAACUUUGUGGAUUAUGGAGACACGAUAGAAGUGCAGAAGUCAGAUUUGCUUCCAAUCCCCAUUGAAGCUGGUGAGAUCAUGUCUAUGCCUGUUCAAGCUAUUGAGUGUGGACUUUCUGAUAUUUGUGUGGAUGUCCCAAGAGAGGUAAACACCUGGUUUGAAAAGUAUGUGAUUGAUCAUUUUCUGAAAGCAGUCAUUGUGGCAAAAGAACCAAGUGGAAAGCUAUUGGUUGAACUGUAUGAUGGAAAAACACAAAUUAAUCGCAUUCUUAAAGAAAAGUUUGCUGCCGAGCUGCAGACAAAAAGACAGGAUUCUGCCUUGGAGCAAGACGCCAGGAUUCCCCAAAAUCCACUGUGGAGGGACAUUGCCAGGUUUGAGUCAAAAGCAGAAGUGGAUUAUGACUGGCGGAAGAAACACACUCAGAACACUUCCUACAGAGAUAUUGAUAUGAGAAAUGGAUCAAACCUAGACUCAAAAUCUCAAGUAAAUGAAGUCUGGCGAAAGCAAUACAACUCCACACCCAUCCCGUUCAACAAAGGAGAUGUAGGGAAAUCAACCAUGUUUGAGUCAAAAACACCAGUCAGCAACACACAAGUGUCUUUUAAUAGAGGUGAUGGUCAAAAUCUGGGUAGCACUUAUUCAAGACCGCAAGCAUAUGUCUGCCAAGAGCGAGAUCCAACACCAAAACCAAGGUCACUCGGCUCGGGAAAUGAGAAAAACAAAAGUGUGACGGAACCAGCAAGAGCCUCUUUCAGUGAUGUAUCUGGGUCUGUGUCAGCAGAGUCCAGAGUAAUGUCAACUAAACCUGCACAACACGGCAUCCCUGAGGUCUGUCCUGCACGACCCAUUAAAACUUCUUCUGCCGUCUCCUCGAGUGAAGACACAGCUCCACAGGUCAUUCCGAAAUUGUCUGAUCUUCCACCAAAGUCCAUCAUGCCUAGAACAGAGUCAGAAAUUUAUGUGUCACACUGCAACGGUCCUUCAAGUUUCUUUGUCCAGCUCGUCUCAGAUGAAGAUGAUAUCUUCGAUGUUGUAGAAAAGUUGAAUAAUGACAGCGAUACUACACCCCUGUCUGUGAAAGACAUCCGAAAAGGACAUUUGGUUAAUGCUCAAUUUCCAGAGGACGAAUCUUGGUAUCGUGCUGUCAUAAAAACACAAGUUGAAAGUGACUCUUACAAUGUGGAGUUUAUUGACUUCGGAAACAUGGCAGUAGUGCCCUCUUCGAAAAUCUGCAGGCUUGCUCAGGCCCAUUUGGGCUAUCCCAGGCUGAGCAUUCAUUGUUUCCUGAGUGGUUCCAUGACCACAGGCAAUGAAGGAUAUUCAGAUGACUUCAAGAAUGAAAUAGAUGGGAUUGAUGGCAUUAUACAUUGUACGUUUAUUCAAGAAAAAGAAAGUAGUUGGGAAGUGACCCUAGUGGCAAAUGGCAAAAGACUCGGAGUCGACUUUCACACAAGAAACUCAACUGUAACAUCUGAUCUGCCAGCAGGCAAGGAAGUAAGUUUGAAACAACACAGUUCAUCGUCUGAGAGUCAAGCCUUGGACGAAGUUGUAGUUUUGUACAAGAAGGUUGAUUUAUAUGAAGGACAGUCUAUAGAUGUUUUUGCUUCCACCAUAAAUGGGCCUGAGUUCUUUUGGUGUCAGUACUCCGAUGCAGACACGCUCCUGGAGAUUUCUGAUCUUGCUCAACAUGUUGGAAAUGCUCUAGAAUUCAAAGCUGUUAACUUAGGAUCACUCCAUGUUGGGAGCGCCUGCUUGGGUCUCUUUGCUGAUGAUCAACAAUGGUAUCGAGGUGAAAUCCUGUCAAAUGAGGGAGACACGCUCUCCAUUGUCUUUGUAGACUAUGGCAAUGAAUCAUACAUCAAUGUUGACAAAGUGAGAGAGCUCCCUCUGCAGCUAUACAAUAUUCCCCCUCAAGCUUUUCUGUGUCAACUGGAUGGUUUUGACUGCUCUCAGGGUUCCUGGAAAGAUGAUGCAGCUGACCAGUUUUUUGAGCUAUUAAAUGAUAAACUCCUGAAAGUGACAGUUGUAAAGCCUACACAGCUUGAGGAUGGAAGGGCAUCAUACAUAGUCAAGGUUGAAUAUGAGGACCAAAUCAUCAGUGACAUCAUGAAAAGGUACUGGUGUCCAUCCUCUGGCAGUGGUGAGGUUCCUGAAAUCACAGCAGAACCAGUUUCAACUGAGCCAGUAGUUUCUCUCCAGUCUACCCUUCUUGCCUCGGAGUUGGAGACAUUUGAAGCAUCUAGCCAGGAAGUGCAGACUUGUAAUCUGGAUCGCUCAUCACCGAAAGUUUUUGAUGGCCCUGUAACCAGCCCAGAAGAGCAGGAUAAUCUACAGAACUUCUCAGCAACCAUAGAAGGGGAUUCUGCCAUCCCUGCAUUGCCUGUUGUUGAAGAUCUCAAUGUACACACAGAAGAGGAAAAUGAACAAGUAGCUAUGGCAUCUUCCGGCAACCAAGAAGACUCAACUAUGCUUUUGCCAGACACGGGUGAUCAUCUUAUGAAAGAUGUUGUUCAAAAAGUCAUCAGUGAUGUUAUAGAAAUGAUAAGCACAAGUUCAGCACAAGCCCCUGAGGAAAAUGUAGAGUUGGACCAAUUUGCCAGUAGCACUGUGUUCAUCUUGGAGCAGGAUUUAAAUGAAAGCACCCAUAUACUCUGCAUUGAUGAAAGCUAUGAGUCUUCAACCUCACAUGAUCAGGGAGUAAAUAGGCAUGAGGACAGUCUGGCAUGUGAAGAUGUACUUGAACAGUCUAUAGAGGCAACUGCUGCAAACCCUGAAACUGGAGAAGAUACUCUUGAGGAGGGAAAUGCCAGUGAAGUUUUUGCAUCCAAUUUUGGCAAACUUAGAAGAGCUACAGGAAAUGCCACUGUUGGAGCAGAGUGUGUUGUCUGGUCCCAAGCUAACCAGAACUGGUGCCAUGCUAAAGUGUUAAGCAUUUCCAAAGAAACUUUAUUGGUAUUGUUACUGGAGCAAGAUUCUCAAAUGGCAGUUGAUCCACAAAACCUCUUCGAAGCCAUUCCAGAGGAGAAAGCCCAGAGUGCACCAGCAGACACAGAUUCCCCCUCUUCAGAUGAUCUUACACAAGGGAGGAGCAAAGACACUAAAGGGAAAAUUGAAGUACUAGUUGAUCCUCUUGAGUGUGUUUCAGAUGACGAGGGUCUGCCAGAAGAUAUCCCGAGUGAUGAAAAUGCUUCAUCUGUCAAUCAUAGACCUGAGGAUCCCAGUUCCUUUGUGGAGGGACUUGCAUCUUAUGAUGUACAGACAGAUUGUGUGCCUUCACAUCAACAGGAAGAGGAUCUGGUGCAAGAAUGCCAGGCUGAUGUGGAUGUCUUGGUUGAUGUGUCAGUAACAGCUGAGGAACCCAGUUCCAUUGAGGAGGCAGUUCCGUCUUAUGAUGUGCCUUCACCUCAACAGAAACAGGAUCUAGAGGCUACAUUUGUGGUAUCAGGAACAGAAGAGGAACCCAGUUCCAUUGGGGAGGGACUUGAGUCUUGUGAUGUGCAGAUAGAUUCUUUGCCUUCACCCCAACAGGAACAGGAUCUGUUGCAUAAAUGCCAGGCUGAUGUAGCUACAGUCGUAUCAGGAACAGCAGAGGAACACAGUUCCAUUGAGGAGGCACUUCCGUCGUAUGAUGUGCAGACAGAUUCUGUGCCUUCACCCCAACAGGAAGAGGAUCUGUUGCGUAAAUGCCAGGUUGAUCUAGAUGUUACAGUCGUCGUAUCAGAACCAGUAGAUUCUGUGCCUUCUCCCCAAGUGGAAGAGGAUCAGUUGGCCGAAUGCCAGGAUGAUGUUGCCUUAGAUGACGUAUCAGGAACAGCAGAUCUGGAUGAGGACCCUCAUGGUGUUGCCGAUGCAGUGGAUCCACCUGUUGCUGAGGAACAGAUUGAGGAGUGCCUAACUGCUUUGGAAGCUCCAGGUGAAGUGGUUCCUCUUGCAGUUGAGGAGGCCCCCCUGGAAGAGUCUGAGACUGCUGAACAGGACCAGGAACAACAUCAAGAAAAUGCUUUGCAUGCUAAUCUCAAAGGAUCUACUUCAGAGGAAGAGGUCCUACAGCAGGAAGUCCAGUCAGAGAGUUCUUCAGCCAAAGAGACUGGAAGCAUUGAGCAGAGUCCAGAAUUCCAAGAGAGAGCCACUGCAGUAUUGGAACUUUUAGACUUUUCUUCGAAUGAGAAGACAACAGUCGAAAGUGAUGGUCACCGUGAUAAUCAGACUGGGGAUGCAGAUGUUAUCGAGAAAUCAGAUGAUCUUCCUGUGGAGGUGGAUCUGAUUGACCUGACCUCUGAUACAGAAGACUCGGACACUGCUUCAGAUGAUACGGUGAAAGACCGCAGUGAAGAGUUAGAGAGGAGGAGUGCUGAAGAAGGCCAGACCUUAGAUGACAUUUUAAGUGAAGUAACACAUCUCAGCCUGCGAGCAGAGUCUGGUGAUGACAGUGAUGACAGUGUCAUAUUUGUGGGUGAGCUGAAGGCUCCCUUGCCAUAAAGCCAUCAGAGAGGUGACUGUACUGUCCAAACAGAAGUUUGAUUUUUCUUUAUCAGUCCUCUUAAAAAAUUAAUUAAUGGGCCGCCUUUGGAUGUGGAAGAAAUCUGCAAGUUCCGCAGAUAGCGUUAUUUUUUUAUUAUUAUUUUUUGUUUUACUGAUGCAAAUGGUGAAUGUUUUUGUUUCUUUCAAUAUCUCAGCAAUUUAGUAAUAUGUGUGAAGUAAGUACACAUUAUGUUUUGGUGGGAUGUUUAAAAGGACAAUAAUUAGUGCUUAAUUCUUAAAGAAAUAUGUUGACUUUGAUAUAGUGUGAUUUACUGUACAAAGGUUUCUUGUUCUUUAUCUUCUUUGAUGUAAAUUUUGAACCAAAGCAUGACUCAGGUCUCCUACAAUGCCUUGUUCUUGGUAACUUAAAGAAAAUUCAGAAAUGUUUAAUAGAAUAAUAGAGUAAUUUACUUUUUGAGGCUAAAUAAAAAUAAAUAAAUAAAUAAGCAAGUUUAUAAAUUUAACUGC